AUGCGCGGGUUCUGGCUUUUGACUGCCGUCGGCCUCGCCGCCGCCGAAGAUGGGCUGAACGGCUGGCUGCGUUAUGCUAGGCUGCCCUGCGAUGUGGCCAAGCAUGCCAGAGUUCCCUCCACCAUCGUUGCGCUCAACACUACAGAGACGAGCCCCGUCUACACAGCCGGCCAGGAAUUGCAGAAAGGCAUCAAGGGCAUCCUCGGCAGACGGCUGAAUAUCACCCGCGACGCCACCGAAAGCUCUCUCUUGAUUAUUGGCACUCUCGACGACUUCAAUACCGCCGGCGUCGACACCGAGAUCCCCGAGCUUGUCGAGGACGGCUUCUGGCUGAGUGUGAAGGGCGAUGCGGUCGAGAUCGUCGGUCAGAACGAACGCGGUGCUCUCUACGGCGCGUUCCAAUAUCUGUCCAUGUUGGCCCAGGCGAACUUCACCGAGGUCGCCUACGCUUCCAAUCCCAGCGCCUCGAUUCGUUGGGUGAACCAAUGGGACAAUAUGGACGGCACCAUCGAGCGCGGCUACGCUGGCCUAUCCAUAUUUUUCAACAACUACACCAUCGUGUCCAACAUGACGCGCGUAAGCCAAUACGCCCGCCUUCUCGCCUCGAUCCGCGUCAACGCCAUCGUCAUCAACAACGUCAACGCGAACCCCACCAUCCUCAGCGAAACGAAUAUAGAGGGCCUGGCUCGCGUCGCCGAUGCCAUGCGCCCCUGGGGCGUUCGAAUCGGAAUUUCGCUCAACUUCGCCGCGCCCCAGACGUUUGGCGGACUGUCGACCUUCGACCCGCUCGACGAGUCCGUCAUUGCGUGGUGGAGCGGCAUUACGGAUAAGCUGUACGCCCGCGUGCCCGAUCUUGCUGGCUUUCUCGUCAAGGCCAACUCGGAGGGCCAGCCCGGCCCGCUGACGUACAACCGCACGCUCGCCGACGGCGCCAACCUAUUCGGGCGCGAGGCCAAGCGCCACGGCGGUAUCGUCAUGUUCCGCGCCUUUGUGUACGACCACCUGACGCUCGACGAGAAUAACUGGAAGGAUGACCGGGCGAACGCGGCGGUCGACUACUUCCGCGACCUCGACGGCCAAUUCGAGGACAACGUUGUCGUGCAGAUCAAGUACGGACCGAUUGACUUCCAGGCGCGCGAGCCGCCGUCACCGCUUUUCGCACACCUGCCCAACACCGCGUCCGCCAUCGAGCUACAGGUCACACAGGAGUACCUUGGACAGCAGUGCCACCUCGUGUACCUGCCGCCGCUGUGGCGCACGAUCCUCAACUUCGACCUGCGCGUCGGCGGCAAGCGUUCCGUUAUCGGCACAGACAUCCUGACGGGCCGACGCUUCAACAAGACGCUGGCCGGCUACGCAGCGGUCGUUAACGUCGGGCUCAACGCGACGUGGCUCGGCACGCACCUAUCAAUGUCGAACCUGUACGCGUACGGGCGGUUGGCGUGGGAGCCGACGGCGGACUCGGCUGAAAUCCUCGACGACUGGACGCGGCUCACGUUCGGGCUCGACGCACGCGUGCGCGAGACCAUCGCGCGCAUGUCGCUCAUAUCGUGGGAGGCCUACGAGAACUACACGGGCAACCUUGGCGUGCAGACGCUCACCGACAUCACGGGACCCCACUACGGCCCGAACCCGCAGUCGAUGGACAACAACCCCUGGGGCCAGUGGACACGCGCCGACGCCAACGGUAUCGGCAUGGACCGCACCGUCUGGAAUGGCACCGGUUUCGCCGGCCAGUACCCCGCCGAGGUUGCUGCUGCGUUCGAGAGCAUUGACACGACGCCUGAUGAUCUCCUCCUGUGGUUCCACCAUGUGCCGUACACGCACGUGCUGAAGAGCGGGAACACGGUUAUUCAACACUUUUAUGAUGCGCACUACAACGGUGCAGAGACUGUGGCGGCAUUCCCGCGGCAGUGGGAGUCGUUGCGAGGGCUCGUAGACCAGCAGCGUUUCGAGGAGAUGCUGUUCCGGCUGACGUACCAGGCCGGCCAUGCGAUCGUGUGGCGGGAUUCGAUCAAUCAGUUCUACGCGAAUAUCUCGGGGAUCACAGACGCGCACGGGCGGGUCAACCACCACCCGUGGCGGGUCGAGGCGGAGCACAUGCAGCUCGAUGGGUACCGGGUGACGGAGGUGACGCCAUUCGAGGUUGCGUCAGGCCUGCACAUCGUGCAGACGGUAGACAACUCGACGGCCGCGCGCGUGUCGACGGCGCCGCUCACGUUCCCGGCGGGGACGUACGACGUGGCGGUGGCAUACUACGACCUGUACGAGGGGCGGGCGCAGUACGAGCUCUUCCACAACGACAAGAGCCUCGGGGCGUGGGAGGGCAACAACGAGGAGCGCCUCGGGUUCACACUGACGCGCGGUAUCGACGGGCACUCGGCGACGAGGAUCACGUUCCCCGGCAUCGAGAUCGUGGAGGGCGACGUGCUGCGUGUGGAGACGACACCGCAGGGCCGCGAGACGGCGCCACUGGAUUACAUCGCUGUGUUGCCGGCGGGCGUGGUCGACUAA